AUGCCGUUGGAUUUGAUGAGACCAAAGGAGCCAUUGAAGAAGGUAUACUUGGACUACACCCUGAACCUCCAAGUUCCUUUGGGUGAUACGGAUCAAUUUCUGCGUCCUUAUCUAAGACCGAAGUGGAGCCAGAAUUUCAUCGAGCAUAAUUUAUCUUGGUGGCCUGCAUUCGACCGCAUUAAUGAGUUUGCUCCAGAGGAGAAUUGCGUGGAGUAUGUCAUGAAGCAGCUUCAGGCAGUCUAUCCACCAGUCUACCAAGAAUGGGCGGACAAGCAUAGCGACCGAGCACUGGCAAGAUUCUGCCUGUACGGGCUAGCAGCUCAUCGGAUUGAAACGGAGGUUGUUGAUGGCAGAAAGCUGUACGUUGUCAGGACCAAUGCGUUGUCAGGCCUCCCAGUCCGAGAAGGUUUUGAAAGGUAUGGAGGCGAUGCCUAUUUUGAUGAGUUGUGGAAGCCUGUCAUGAUUGUGGACUAUGGCAUGGGUCCUAUGAGAGAGGAUGAUGACGCCACCAAGGUGGUCACCAAGCCAGGGGAGCAAAACUGGGCUCGUGCCAAAUUUCGAUUCAGGUCAUCGCUUUUUGUGCUGGUUACGCUGGUGGACCAUCUUUACCAUGUCCACCUCCAAACUACCAAUUUAUUCGUCACAGCUUUACGAGAACAGAUGUCGCCGGAGCACCCGAUUAGAAGGUUCUUGACCCCUUUCACUUAUCAGACAAUUUCCAUCAAUGACAAUGCCAAGUUCAAUCUUGUAGCACCAAGAUCCAUGGGACCACGCUGCUUUGCUCUGACAGAGAGAGGCUUGGAGCUCGCAUUUACAGCAGCUCCCGAUUUGGUCGUCCCACCCACGAAGGACAUCUUCGAUUUGCGGGCAUACAUCCUGAACUUGAAAGAAAGUGGUGUGGACACCGUGUACUGGCGACAGGCCUUGGAGCUGUACGAUAUCAUGGAGCGAUUUGUGGUUAGCUACUUGUGGUGCUACUAUGCCACGAAACAGGAUUUGGCUGACGACCCGGAGCUGCGCAGGUUCGCCCGACAUUUCUUCCACUGCAUGGAGGUCAUUGAUGCCGGCUCUUCGCGGAGGGUUGGAGCUCCACGGAUCGCUUGUGUAUCACCUGCUGCUUCGGCAGAGGAUACUUGGGAUUUCUACGUCAAGUGGAUGGCUGGCGUCAUGUGGCUCGCGACUGCAGGUCACGAACAGAUGGGGGCGGUUGAGGUGUAUGCCCAGGAUGCAUCUUGGACUGCGUUCAAGUGGUCGCCAGGGGCACUGAGGGGGACGAAGCAAACGGCGACUUUGCAGGCUCUGCUCAUGUCCUUUACGUCGACACCAAUGCCGAAGCUUCUGGGCGAGGACUGGUCCCAUUUGUUUCCGCCGGCUUCCAUAGCCUCAGGUGGGAAUGCGAAGGACUGCUUCAAAAAGUUUCAGAGUGAUCUAGAGACCAUGGCAGCCAAAUGCGAUGCCUACAAUGCAGUGUCCACGGACUUUCAUCCGGCCAACUGGAUGGAUAUGGUCAAGAGAAUUCUUGAGGAGGCAGACUCGCUCCCCGGACUUGUUCCGGGGCUCCACUGCAGCUUGAUGCUCGAGUCACAAGUCUUCAGAAACCUCCUGGCCAUGGCAACCAUGCGACGUUGGUUUUGCAAGUCCUGGAUUCUCUGGACAGCUCUCAUACUCGCCAGCGACGCUGCAUUGCGGAAGCCCAGCGUCGCGGGCAAAAGCAUCUACUUCAUUGUGACGGAUCGCUUUGCCAGGAGUGGACCAGACAAGGACAACUACGAGUUCUGUGACCUCGCCACACUGCCCAACCCGCUUGCUCCGAAUGGUGGCGCAUGGUGCAACGGGACUCUGCAGGGUAUCAUUGACCGCCUGGACUACAUCGAAGGGAUGGGGUUCGACUGCAUCUGGAUCACCCCGGUUGUCAAGUCUUUAGACUACACAGGUUACUAUGCCCAAGAUUUCUUCGAUGUUGAUCCGCACAUUGGGACAAAAGAGACCCUCCGUGCCUUGUCCACCGAGCUCCACAAGCGAAACAUGUGUCUUGUGGUGGACAUCGUCGCCAACCACGUUCAACCGUUGGUGGCGAAGUCCGACAAUUCUCCCGAUGCUAUAAAGACAUACCUGGGUGUAGAAGGCAUCAAUCCCUUCAACAAGGAGGAAUACUAUCACACGUACGGCAAGUCGCCGCUAACUCCGUUCCGAGAUUAUGUUCUUGGAGGACCUGCGCAGGCUUCCGAUAGUCAAGGCAGCGACAAAGUUCUGAAAGACAGAGUGAAGAAAGGUUUGACGCGGUGUGGCCCGCGCAACAUGAACCUGACGGAGUGCAACUGUUUUCCGGGCAACGGCGGGCCAGAUUGUCCAGGCGAUAAUCCCGAAUUACAAGUCCAAGGAUGGUUCGGAAUUCUUCCUGAUCUCAACCAGGACAAUCCUUUCGUCCGUCAAAAGCUGUUGGAGUACGUGCAGUACCUCGUAAGGGAGUAUGACGUUGAUGCAUUUCGGCUUGACACUGCGAUCUAUAUGCCCAAGGACUUCUUGAAGGAGCUGCAAGAAGCUGCGGGGGUUGAUAUCUACGGUGAGACGACAGUGAACAACAUCAGUUACCAUGCAGGCUUCCAGGACGUAUUGACAGGGCUGCUGAAUUUCCCGGCGUUCUACCAGGUACAUGCGAGUUUCUGCCAGUACCACUUGGGCGGAGAUUUGGGAAACUACCACCUGCAAGGAGCCUUCACGCCUCAGCUUCCAGACUUGAGGAAGUUGUAUGACAUCUUGGAACAUCAGUCGACGCCGGGCCUCUACAAGGACCUGGACUUGCUCGGAAACUUUGCCGACAAUCACGAUGAGUUUGCGCGAGUCACGUACUACUGUGAUCACGAUUCUUUUCGGAUCAGGAAUGUGCUAGCAUAUGUGUUCUUGGCACGCGGAACGCCCAUCAUCUAUUAUGGCACUGAGCAGAGCUUAACCGGGCACCAGGCCAAUGUCCUGGAGAGAGUUGCCCUGGAAAAGGAUGGGCGUAUGAACAAGGGCCAGGCGUAUGUGCGAGAAUCAAUGUGGCAAACUCGGUACAACACCUCAACUUGGCAGUACGAGUACAUCAAGCAGCUGAAUGAUCUGCGCAAGAAAUAUGGCUUCUCAGAUGGGGAACAGGAGUUGGUCAGCGUCUGGUACAACCACCUCAUCUUGAAGCGGUGGCCCACCAAUGGAGGCAAGCAUCCAGUGUGGAUUUUCUUGAAUAACAAUCAGAACUGGACGGCAGAUUCACCGGUUCUAUAUUGUCCAGCACCGUGGGAAGAGGAAUCCUGGUAUGAUGCCUUCACUGGCCUUCGCGCAUUCCUUCGCGAAGGCUGCUACAUGGCAGAAGACAGCAGACCCAAGCUGCUUGUUCGAGGAUUCUCGACUGCAAAAGUUCGUUGUCAAGUAGGCAAGUCCUCGGUCAAGGCAUUACCUUGA